GUUAUUGUGUACAUUAUUUGGUUACUUAUAUUUUAUACAGUUUUUGUUUAGUUAGUUAAAUAUUGUACUAUUUAUGUAGUGUUUAUAAAAUAUUAUUAGAGAGACAUUUUCUUGUUAUAAUACGCGUAAUAUAUCAUAAUGGUUUCAUAUUUUACAAUUGAUGCUACCGGUGAAGUGGCGAACUUUCAGAAAGAAAUUUCAAACAUGAUGCACGGUUUUGGUGAUAACCCUAAUCCUAAUGCAGCGACAGUAGUACUAGUGGAAAGCAUUGUUCUGCAACAGCUAAGAUCUAUACUCCAGGAGGCUUCUAUUAACUCAAAUUUGAGAGGUUCAAAAGUGAUAUCCAAUUAUGAUAUUAUUUACUUGAUGAGAAAAAAUAUUUUGAAACUGAAGAGACUUCAUGAUUACCAAUUAAAAAUAGAUCAUAUAGAGAAAAGUCGUACUGUUUCUUCUCCAUCAGAAAAUGUAAUAUCUAAUAUUAUGUUCGAUGAUGAGAAGGAUCCAACAAUAAAGAAGAGACGCACACAUAUUGAUAUAAUUAGGGAGUUAGACGAGUAUGAAGAAGUCUGUCAGAUCAAGUUUGAUGUAAUCGAUUAUUUAAGGAAAGUUAGGGCUGCUAAAAUUACAGAAUCAAUGUCUUAUGAAAAAUAUGAGGCAUACCACAAAGCAAGAUGCAGUUCAUUCCGUUCUGGUUAUGGACUUGGCAAAGGUUUUGUAAAAAUAGAGCAAUGGAUUAAUCCAACAAAGGAAUUGAAAAUAACGCUGUUAGCUUUAGAGGUCCUGUGUUUUAUUGCAUAUGAGACUGUCGCUGAAGUAGUUGAUGCAGUUUUUUUGAUACGACAGGAUGCGAAAAAGAAAUAUGGAGAUCCAUUUAGUAAGUUUGAGGGUGGUCACUUUUGUAAUCCGGUCAGUUUGAACAAUUCGGUUUAUAUCAAGUCUGGAUAUGAAGGUGUACCCGCCAUAACAGUGGCUGAAGUUAGAGAAGUCCUCAGAAGAUAUUUCAACCCGAGAAUAGGAAUGAAUGGAUUGUUUUAUAGGAAUAUGUGUUUAGAUCUACCAGUCAGAUUUAUUACACUAUAGUUACUAAAUAUAGGUAUUUUAUUGUAAAUAAACCAUAAAUAUGACUUAUUUGUUGUUUCCUUCUUUCAUUAUGUCU